CCAAUAUGUGUUUAUUUCUGUGUAUAGUAAACACUUUUCAAGUUUGAUUUGAUUUUAUGAAGUGUUUAAUUAGAUAAAUAAGUUUAGGGGUUAUGUUUAGGGUGUGGACGACUUAUAUUUCAGUCGUCUGUUGAAUAAUUUACACGGACGACGUAUAUUUCAGUCGUCCACAUCGUACCGAACCUUUAAUUUUACCAAUGUACGUUUUAACCUAACCGGAUCAUUUACCGGACAUAUAAAAGCUAUUUUUUUCACUAUUUCACAAUUUUACGAAACCCUAGCGCCGUUUCUCUCCAACGGCGAUUUCGAAGGCGAUAAGACGAAAACCCUACCGUGGUCGUGUUCCGCCGUUAUCUUCGCCGGUAAUCUCUCCGAUUACGACGAAUCUCGUUUCUCCUUCAUGCCGUAGAGUAUUUUCGUAGUUUAAACUGACCGUCUGCUUCUUUUUUUCAGAUCUGAAAUCUCGUUUGCCAAACUCCGCCGCCGGUAUGUUAUUUCUCAUGUAUUAAGGCGUUUAGCCGCCGGAAAAACCCUAAAUAUUUUAGUAUUGAUUCUUCUUUUCCCUUCGAUUUGCAGAUCUGUAACGGCUUGGGGCCACAUCUUCUCCGACCAUAUCUUCUCGGACAAUAUAUUCUCCAACUGCCUUUAAAUGGAUUUACCAGAAUUCCCGCCGAGGAUGUUUACAUUAGGAGAAGAGCCUGAUGCAAUCAGGAGCAUUUCGUAUCAUUCUGAUGACACGAAGUUGUUUAAAGCUCUAUGUGAUUGUCUCACAGCUGACGAAUAUGAGGAUCUGAAGGCGUCGAAGUUAGGAGUGUUCAUCAAAUUCAAGGAGCUUGACUUUGGUUGGACUUCAAGGCUGGUACAUUUUAUGCUCUCUUUCCAGCUAGACAUCAAGAAGAAGUUUGAGCUCUGGAGUCUUGUCGUUUCACAACUUGUGAGGUUUUCACUGAUAGAGUUUGAAUACCUCACUGGGCUGAACUGCGAUUACAUCAAGGACCUGGAAAAUCCAAGGUGUGAGGUUAAGACGGAGAUGGCUGCUUUCUGGGAGAAGAUGCGUGUUGAUAUCGAUACUGGGCCAAGUAUUGAUCAGAUAACAGAAGCAUUUUACAACAGCGACGAGUGGUCUCGGGAUGAUCGCAUGCGGCUGGGAUACCUUGCCAUCUACGCAGGGUACAUCGAAGGGAAAAAGUUCUCAUCCGCUACAUCAGCUAGUCUUGCAAGGCUAGUGAUGGAUUUAGAAAAAUUUGAGAAUUAUCCAUGGGGGAGAGUGGCGUUUAAGGUGCUGAUGGAUUCUCUGAAGGCAAAAGACUUGACGCAAACUGGUUACACUGUUGAUGGGUUCAUACAAGUGCUCCAAGUGUGGGCGUACUAUGCUCUACCAGAAUUGGGUGCUAAUUAUGGGUCUCCCGUACCAAACAGACCGUCUCCACUGUUGCUGGCUUACAAGGGUGGCAAAAGACAACGCAAAUUUUUUAAGGCUGCUAUCAAUAAACAGACUAUCGUGAAGAACUUCGUUCAGAAGGAUUUUGAUGAAAUGUUUCCAAAAUGGGACGGAGACGUAGAUGACCCUGCCGCGGAUAACAUAAUUAAAGUCAUGUUUAAUGAUCCUGGAUGGGAGUGGACCAUGGAAUGCUGGCCAGUCACCGGUACUCGCAAGGUUGUGAAGAUGGAAGUGAUUCCAGUGAAGAAUGAAGUGAGUCCCGUGAAGUCAGAGAGUGUUGUGAAGGAAGAAAGUAUCAGACCUCGGAAGAAAGCUCGUAAAGGGUCUUCUGUUUCUGCUGAGAAACCUGCGGCGGGUAGUGAAGGUCAGCAGAUUGAAAAGACCUUGAAGGACAUAUCUGAUGCCAUUAAUCUUGGCUUUGGGACGUGUCUUAAGGAGCUCAAAUUACUGGCGGAUAGGAUUGAAGCUGUGGAGAAGAAGGUGGGAAUCACCAACAGAGGGGGUUAAUCUGAUGAUCGUCAACUUACAACCACUUCAAAUCCACCAAAACCUGUUGACGAACCAGGGGUUAGUACCAAAACCUCUCCCAAAAUUGCAGAGAAGAGAGUCACUAGGCAAUGUGUUAGGAAGAGUCAGGACUGAUGUGAUUUGUUUCUUGUGUGCUUUGAUGAACAUGUGUGCUUUGUUUCUAGUGUGCUUUGAUGAACCACUGUAUGCCUUGAUUCUGAACAUGUGUGCUUUGUUUCUAGUGUGAAUUUGAUCUUUGCUGUAAGGGCUUUUGUUAAUAGUUUUUAAACACACUGUGAACUCGAAAUUGCAGAGUGAAAGUGUGAAUGGGGCGAAAGCAGGACAGAAGGAAGCCAAAGAACCGAGUCUUACUACAGAACCGAGUUCCUCGAGAGAGCUCUGUCUUGUGAGUCCUGCAGACGACUUACCGAGAGAAGAUCCUAGCCUUCUUAUAUUGGACAAACAAGUUUCGACCGCUUCAGAUUUACUCGUUGAAGAAGCUAGAAGGCAGACAAACAAGGAGACUGCUUUGGUGAAUCUCCGUAAAAAAAGUGUGCGAGAAAGGAAGCUUGCUCCCACACAGCAAACUCCUUUUAAGGGAAACAGCACUGCCAAACAGAUCAUUCCAAACAAACAGGUUGGCGGAGGCUAUGAUCCUUUUGCACCCAUUGACAAGAUGAAGUCGAAGGAGCUCACUGCAUGGGUGCAAAAAGAUCCGUAAGUUGCUGUUAAAAAUAUGCUUACUUAUAUUUGAUUAAAAAAAGCUUCCAUUUGAUUAUUUACA